AUGCUCAAUUCAGCACUGGCCUUGUCUCUCCUGCUAAUUGCAGUCUCAUCUAACCUUGCAAUGGCCAUCAAAAAGGAAAAACGAGCACCUCAGACACUGUCAAGAGGGUGGGGAGAUGAAAUUAUCUGGGUACAAACUUAUGAAGAAGGGCUUUAUCAGGCAAAAAAAAGUAACAAGCCACUGAUGGUAAUUCAUCAUUUGGAAGACUGUCAAUACUGCCAAGCACUCAAGAAAGCUUUUGCAGAAAAUGAAGAAAUACAGGAAAUGGCCCAAAAUAACUUCGUUAUGCUGAAUCUCAUGCAUGAAACCACAGAUAAAAACCUGUCACCUGAUGGACAAUACGUGCCUCGAAUCAUGUUCAUAGAUCCAUCUCUCACAGUAAGAGCUGAUAUCACAGGAAGAUACUCCAACCGGCUUUACACUUAUGAACCACAAGACAUACCAUUCUUAAUAGAGAACAUGAAGAAAGCACUACGUCUCAUUCAGACAGAACUGUAA